AAAGAAAAUUGCAGCACCAACACUCGUCAUUCAGUUGGAGCCAAAGCUUACAUCUUUUGAAAGAAGUCUCUCUCUACAAUCGCUUGAAGUGCUGAAAGUCCUGAAAGCACCUGUGCCAACCUGCCAAGUUCGUGGAAAUCUGAGCGAUGCAUAAGGCAGCCUCCCUGUGAAGAUGAACAUAUGUGAAAAUCAGGCUGGUCUACUCAUAUGGUGUGCUAAAAGUGGGGGUGUGGGUGUCCCACCUGAUGAGCAGACCAGACUGGUUUUUUGCGUUUUGACAUCUUUACUAAGGGGGCCACAUUAUGCACUGUUCAGAUGUCCCACACACUUGGCAGGUGAUUGUAGGUGGUAAUCAUUUGAGUUCCUUUCUCAGAUUCAAGCUUUGCCAGGCAUGCCUUUUGCCCACCGUGGAAUGAGAAUCUAAAUAGCAUGCAAAUGGUUCAACAAAUGAUAGAUGCUAAAGUCAAUGAAUAUGGGUUAUCCAACAACGGAACUGGCUUGCCCACUUGCGACAAGCCACAACCCGUAUUGGCAAAGAAGACGGCACUUCGAGAUCUACAGAACGAAACUCGAAACAUCAUUGCUAGACCGUCUGGAAACUCGUCACUUCCCAAAGAAAAAGUGACUUUCACCAAUGCUACAAAGGUCUGUGGUAGCAAACGGUCCACACCUGAUCCUCCGCUAAGUCCUGCCUGCAACCAGCCUUCAUGCAAUAAUGGCCCAAACGGGCAUCUUGUGUAUGUCCGUAGGAGAACCGAGUCAGAACCUGGAAGCACAAACACGUGCAAUGCUGAGAAUGCUGAAUCCCCACAACCAAUAAAAUCUAGCAACGGAAAACAGGAACUGCAUGGGCCCCAGAAUAGGAGAGAGGAGCCUAAGGUCGCGUGCUUUCCGGCAUUUGCACCAAUGCCAGCAACUUCUCUGGCAACAUUCUCAUCUGGAGGACCUUCAGUUCCGAAUUCUACUGGGAAGCUUCGUAAUGGGUUGGCAGUGUCUGAACCGAACUACAAUACCAUUGCUACCGGGACCCCAUAUCUGGUUAGCCCUCUGAGUCAGAGGACAGGUAAUCGACAUUGGGAAGAGCGGUUUAGUCGAUUGCAAACGUUCUUGAAGACCUGUGACCAGUCGAGUCAGGAGGAGUAUGUUAAGCAACUUCGAUCUUUAUCUGCUAUUGACCGCAGCAGACAUGCAGUCGAAUUGGAGAAAAGAGCAAUCCUUCUUUCACUCGAAGAAGGAAAAGAGAUACAACGGGUGAAAGCCCUGAACGUCUUGGGUAAAUCUUCCCCAAAAAAUUAUGGGUCUGCAACAGCUCAAUCUCAUUUUUUACAGUCGCUUUCCAAUAAAUGAGAAGACGAAGAUGAGGUUUCCGACUUGUAUAAGAAAAAGCAGAAGCCAAGCAUGGAAUUGUGACAAGGAUGUGGUGUGUGAGAUUUUUGUAGCUGUUUGGGAUUUGUCAUCUUUUUUGGAAGUCUGCCUUGCAAGGUAUGGUUUCUUACGCCUGUUUUAGUUCGAGUAGGAAACAACCACUGAGAAGAUUAGGCUGUAACUGCUUAUAACUGUCACUUCCUUCAAAUGACUGAGCAUGGAAAGCUUUUGUGCGGAAA